GCCUGAUGGAGAUGCACAGCAGUGCCGAGCAUCUGGGUGUUGAUCCGUUGCUCUCCUGAAUUUAUGCUUGCAGUAGAUGUUUAAACCCCUAUUUCAGGCAUCGUAGCUGGACUGUGUCAUUAUGGACAGUCACAGUGUCCUUUCCUCCCAGGACAAGAAAGACCUGGACAAGUUUAUCAAGUUCUUUGCGUUGAAGACUGUGCAGGUGAUUGUCCAAGCUCGCCUUGGGGAGACUGUGUCCACAUGCUCCUCGUCCUCACCUACAGGCUCUGACUGGUUCAGCUUGGCAAUAAAAGACAUCCCAGAGGUGACACAUGAAGCCAAGAAGGUGCUGGCAGGACAACUGCCUACCAUUGGGAAGUCCAUGUGUGUGGAAAUCUCACUGAAGACCUCUGAGGGGGAUUCGAUGGAGCUGGAAACAUGGUGUUUAGAAGUGAAUGAGAAGUGUGAUCGAGAUAUCAAAGUGUCCUACACUGUUUACAACAGACUCUCUUUACUGCUGAAAUCACUACUUUCUAUCACAAGGGUAACUCCAGCCUACAAGCUGUCACGAAAGCAAGGGCAUGACUACGUCAUUUUGUACAGGAUAUAUUUUGGAGAUGUACAGAUGGCUCAUCUUGGAGAAGGUUUCCGAACAGUGUGCGUCGGAGUGGUGGGCACGCCUAUCGGCACCGUCACCCUCUCUUGUGCCUACAGAACAAACUUGGCCCUUAUGUCUACCAGGGGGUUUGGAAGAACCGUGCCUGUUAUGGGUGUCAUCAUCGACCACUUUGUAGAUCAUCCCUUUGGCAACAUGGGACACGUGAACAUGUGCAACUACAGGACAGCCUGCGAGGAGGAGAGAGCAGUGUACCCUGAAAUGGACGAUUCUGAGGAAGCAUGCGCAGUCUCCUUUUCCACAUCACCCCCCUCUCAGCUUCAUAGUUCUCACUUUUCCUGUCAGCCCCCGGCGGUUCGAAUGGCAGAUCCCUGUUACCUCACUGCCUGUACUGCUGCCCACCCGCAUCAGCCCUGCCGUGGUGUCCAGGCUGAGCACCAGCGGGUGGUCGUCUGCUCCCACGCAGACACAUCCCACCACGUCCCCGCUCCCCCCUCCAGUAGGUACGCUACGCUUCUUUAUUUUUAUCUUUCAUUUCAAUUUCAAGGAUUGCUCAUGUUAUCUUUGGCAUUCCUACAAGAUGCACUGCUGCAAAAAAGGGUUUGGUUACUGAACAGAAAAUGCAUAUUUGUGAUUUUUGUCACCACUGGCAACGGCAGGGACACAGAGGCAUUGACACGGAGUGGUGGGACCAGUGGCUCAUCGCCGUCGGAUAUCCAGAAGACCACCUUUUGGAGGAAAGUGGGGGCUUUUGUUAACAAGCCACACUCACAGGUGACCACCACCGGCGUGGAACUGCCCUUUGCUGCUUUUGUCUCCAAGACACUUGACCUGGAGGAGAAUGACCCUAUGGUGCGUCCCCCCGAGUCCCCCAGCACGGCCUCCCCCUCGCCGGGCAGCCUGCACUCCGUGAGCUCGAGCCAAAGCGGGGGACCGACGCAGGACGACUACAUCCUGGUGGACUUUAAGCCGGCCUUUUCCAAGGAUGGUCUCCUGCCCAUGGAUCUGGGCACAUUCUACAGAGAGUUCCAGAACCCACCGCAGCUUUCCGUAGUCUCCGCAGAUGACAGCGCGCAGUCCAUGGCCGAGGACUUGGACUCCCUUCCAGAGAAACUGGCCUCGUACGAGAAGAACAUGGAGGAGUUUGAUGCCUUCGUUGAAACUUUGCAGUAACACCAGGUCUGGCGUCUGUUAGCGUUACUCUGUUCUCUUUAAAUCUGAAAAAAGCAGCACAUGGACCCAGUAGCUGGACUCUCCUUGGAUUAUUCUGUUUAUAUAUUUAGCCUUUAUUUAUACCCGUGAUGCUGUCUUUGUGAACUUGAAUGUUGCUCCUGGCCAAUAGGACUCCUUGCCCUCAACGUGCGUGGCUACUCUUUGCUGGGGAAUUAGUGUUCCUGUACCGCGGUGGGGUCUCUCUGCAUUCACAAGAGACGUGGUGAUGGUGAGUGAACCGUCCCCUAGUACAGCGCUGUAUUCAUGUCUCUUGUGAGUGACAGGUUCCUCUUUUUACCCCUUUCCCCCACUUUUUGAGAAGGUUACAUGUAUUAUGAAGUUGCUCUGGUGCACUUUGUGGUAAUUGCCUGGUACUUACAACAGCUUCUCAGUUCUCAUAUUAGAUGUACUACGAUUGUACAAAG